AUGGAUGAAGGUUUUCAUUUUAUUAAUGUAGUUCUACAUCUACGUUUUCAGAAAUUCCCGCUCAGCAAAGAAUUCGGCAAAGCUCCAUUCUCGGAAAAAGUAAAAAAUGAGCAAUUCCUAAAUAACUUGUUCCAAUCAGAACUAUGCAUGACUGACGGUGAAUGUGAAUCUUAUAGAGAAUUCCGACUCUAUCUUUCUGAUACUGAAUCAUAUGUGACGUAUUUCACUAACACAACUUGUAUAAACCCUGAAACUCUUCCCGCUAUUCUGGAGACCUGUAAUGAGGGACCAAUACCUAUUGCACCUCCUUGCUACAGAUUUACGGAUUCUUGUUUGAUUGAUGAGCUCAGGAAGCAAGGACAGUGCUCAUCUGGGCAACUGGGCUCUUUUCAAAAGAUGCUUACGCACGCUCAAAAUAGAUGCGAACAAUUAAUAAAGAAUAGCAUGCAGUGGCGUCGCUAUUUAAAUUUGAUUGAAAUGAAAGUGGAUUUUCUUCACAUGUGA